AUGUUCCUUCGCGCAGACGCUUCGAUUGUGGUCAAGGCUGCAAAGUCGUUGGAGCGCAAAGGAGGCAAUGGCAACAACCUUGGGCUUGCGAAUCUGAUCGUCAACCGUACCAGUGUCUAUGCUGAACUAACGCGCAGAGCCGUCAACGGCCAGCGUCCCCCCAAGAAAGAACACGCGGCAAUUUUCAAUCUGAUAGAGAAGCUAGGUCCGUACCAUAGGCUACACGAGAUCCCAACGAUCGCGUCUACGGCAUUAUGCAAACAUACGGGUCCAAGCUUGGCCGGUCCUUCCAGCCCGCAGAACUUCGCCCUGGAGGCUCUCAAGCUCCUGCUUGCUACAGCUCAGAACACUCAGUCCACAAUGUCUGCUCAGCUAUUCGUCCACACAAGGCGUAUCGAGUUGGGUAAAUUGCUGACGGGUGGAUUCCGAUUCCAAACUCCCACAAGUCCUCGCGAUCACCGAAUUUCAGCGAGCAGAUUGUUGGGAGCGUUAGUCGACGGUGUGGAUGAAGACAUGGAUGUCAUGGCUGGUCUGAUCGUUCACCGGAAACCUUACGAGACAGCGUGUGGUGGCAACGGUUUGGGAUUGACCUUUGGGAAUCAGCGCCCCAAGCGUCGGUGGAAGGGUCCAGGCGGAGGCUGGUACAAUUUCGAUGGCAGUUUGGCUUGGUCGAGCUUUAGUGGGACGCAUGAUCGAAUCCAGGCGGUGAGGACUUUUGACUAG